UUCCGAUUCCCGUUCCAACGUUCCCUUUGCUUUGAUCUGCUCCGAUCGUAAAUGUAUUAAAGUAGUAAAGAUGGGUUGGACGGCGUUAUUUUGAUGAAGAAGCCAAAUAACUGUUUCAAAAUUUGUUGCUCUGCAAUUUACUUCUCAGAGAUUCUCUCUUAAUCAUGGCAGACGAUCAAAACAAUGACGAUCAGUGGCUGUAUGGGGAUUCUAUGGCGGAGUCCCAGGACGCCAACAACGAUGUCUCUGACGAAAAGAAACUAGGAAAAUCCGAACAUGAUUCUGAUAAGAAGGGGAUAGAGGAGUUAUCGCAGCCGGAAAAAGGACAAGAACAAGGAGAGGAUUCCACUACAGAACCUGCCUCUGAAAGUGCAGCAGAUGAGUCACGAACAGCAGAGGAGACUGAUGAUAAAAACGAUGGAGAAAUUGAUGAUGAUGACGAUGAUGACGACAGUGACGAUGAUGUCAAUGUAGUCAUUGGGGACAUCAAAACCACCCCAGCCACUUAUUCGAGCUUAAAUAUUAAAAGAGGAGGUCUUCUUACUUCUGCUGGUGGAAUUGAUAAAUUGAAGCAACCUGGGAAAUUCUCAAUUGAAGAAUUUGAACAAAUUGGCACUAUUAACGGUAUACCAACACAUGAGUACAACUUAGACUCUUUGGAGGACAAGCCAUGGAGAAAGCCUGGUGCUGACAUCACAGAUUACUUCAACUAUGGCUUCAAUGAAGAAACAUGGCGUGCCUACUGUGAGCGGCAGAAGAGGAUGCGAGUACAUGAAUCAGGAGUUGGCUUGGGUCCACUAGGUAGCACAUCAGCAGCUGCAGCAAAUGCACCUGGACCUACUCGGCCAGGUGCUAUUCCUGUUUCCAUAACCAAUGACAAUUCAAAAUAUAAUGCUGCUCUUGGCAUUCGUAAAGCAGGUCCACCUCCUGGCCGCAAGAUGGGAGGCAGCAUUGAUGUAAUUGGAAGUGGGGGUGGCACUCUAGCCUCACGUCGCAACACAGACAGAGACACCCCACCUAAAGAAAAUGUCAUUCAGGUAAUGACAGCUGAUAGAAGGGAAUAUAGUCGGAAGAACCCAGGGUUCCCAGAUAUGUCUGUACCUCCCCCAACAGGGCUACCACCUUCCUUUGAUGUUCCUCCUCCAAUACCAGUACCUAGUCCCUUCCCUCCUCAACCUCCUCCUCGGAUGCACCCUCCCCCUCCUGGACCAUAUGGACAAGAACAGUUUUAUUCCCCUGACACUGAUCCUUAUUAUCAAUCUUAUGAGCCUACUCAAGAGCAACAGUGGUUAGGACAUCAGGAAUCUUUUGGACCAAGAGAAGAACCUCACUCUGGAAUACCAGGACCUACAAGUUCCAAUCUUAAAUCCAAAGAUGAUAAAGAUAGUCCUAAGGCUAGCAGAGAUAGAGACCGAGAUCGAUCUGAAAGAGAGAAGGAGAAACAUAGGUCACAUAGACACCGUUCUAGAAGUCGAAGUCCAUCAGAGAGGAAGAGGAGACACAAGAGCAGAAGUCGUAGUCCUAACCAUCGCAGUCAUCGCAAGAAGAAGUCCAAGAAGUCAGACAAGACUAAGGAUGAAGACAGUGACUAAUACUGGUUUUCUGAUACAUUUCCAUUUGCUUACAACUUCUAAAUAUAAGUCAAUACAUUGAAA